UUAAAUGUGAGAACCUAUUUUGAACGAAAAAAAGUUCCUGUCUUCAAUACCUAUGAAGAAUUUCAUAAGACAGUUAUUCAGUCAUUUGAAAACAUUUCAAUUGUACUGAACAUAGAAGGGACAGUUGUUUUUAUAUCGCAGAAUGUGUCACCUCUUCUUGGCCAUCGUCCAGAAGAUAUUAUGGGGACGUCUUUAUUAAAUAUUCUUCUCAAUGAAGAAAAAGAAAAAAUAUCUCAGAAGAUUAUUCUUGAUCUUCCUUUGGCACAGUUUGUUGGAAAUCUUACUGAAUUUUGCUGUUAUGUAAGAAGAGGAAAUGUAGGCCAGGAUUCCCAGGGAAGAUAUGGUUACAGACGCAUGCAAGAAGGAAGGGACAAAUAUGAGUAUGUGAAAUUCAUCUUGUACCUGCAGGAUUCUUAUGAUGAGUCAUUUGUAUUUUUUGGAAACUAUGGUCCUAAUAGCAGAAACAUUUGGUCAUCAACUACAAAGUUGUUAUGGGAGCAACAGUACUAUCUCGUGGGGACCAUUUCAGUUCUUCGUACAAUGGCCAAAUCGGAACAUCCCGUUGACAUUAAACCUCCAGUUAUAGUUGUUGAAUCAGAUGAUGACAGUUUUAUAGAGCACCGCAGGUGUGUAAAACGACGCAGGGGGAGUGAAACUGAAAGAAAUUGCCAGGCUGAAAAUGUGAAUAUGGAACAUCGUGAAUCAUCUCCCGAAGUUGAGAUUAUAGAUGUUCGACCAGCCAUUCAGAAAAUUCCACUUGAAUUAGGUCUGCCCAGGACACAGUCUCAAUCAAGUAUAUGCUCAAAUAUAAGUAUAAAUUCAAACAAGAGCACAACCACAAGCAAUUCGUCCACAGAUUUUGCAACAUCAGCAGCAUUAUCAUCACCCUAUAUGGUAGAUCCAAAGAACAUGCUAGAGCCUGUGGACAUAGAAUUUGAAGUAGGUUCAGAAUUUCUUCUGAGUGACAGCGAGGAAGAACAGACCUCCUCAGAACAUAGAGAAUUCAGCCAUGAGAAUGUGAAGAAAUUCUUGGAAGAGGAGAAGGGCUCCAAUACCAAGGAACACGUUAUUGAUGAAACUCCUGGUUCUUCUUCAGAUGAAGAUUGCUACAUAAUAGAUGAUAUUGAAUACCAAAAAGGCCCUAAGAUUUCAGAAACCAUCGUGGACCAAGGACAAGAACAUCAAAAGACAGUUGAGACAGCCCCAAAGUGUCCAAGCCCAGUAGUACAGCCUGUGCGUCCAGAGGCAGUGGUGGAACCUAUGGUACGCAAAGAUUUGCCAGCCUGUUAUGUAGUUGAGCCAAGAAGAACACUUGACUUGCAGUGUCCACUUUUGAGGGAAAGGUUUGCCCCACUCUAUGACCCACAAGUGAGGACACAAAUCUAUGAUUUGAGUACAAACAGGUCGUUUGAGGAGGAACUACCUUCUUACAGAGACAUUGAAGAAGAGGAAAGGGAACGAGAACAAUGUGAAUAUGAGUUGGCUCAAUGUACUGAGAUGUUUCACAACUUACCAUAUGAACAGCCAACAGCACAAAUGGAGCAAGGGCAAGAAAAUCAGGUAUUUCAGCCACAAGAUCAGGUGAUGGCUGUUAUUAAUGACCUGGGACCAGUUUCCAUUAAUUUCUUUGGAAGUGAUAACUCUGAGUAUCCACAAAAUGAGACACAUAGAUUUUGGGAUAAUCAUGUUGAUCAUACUCUUCCAAUGCUGCAUGUCCCGUCGACAACACCAAUUCCAUAUCAACCAGUAGCAGCAACACAUCCACCACUGGCAGCAACAAAUCCCCCACUGACAGUGACAUACCAGUCAUUGGCAACAUUGUCACCUCACCCAUCUGCAAGGUCACAUUUUGCUUCUUCUGACUACCUAAGAGAAGAUGGGCCACAUUUUGUGCCUCCUGGUCAAGCAAAUUCUGGUUAUUUUGUGAUUGAAGAGGACAUCAAUCCUCAUCCAUGAGGGGAAGAUGAAGCAGAAGACAGACCACCAUGGUCUGUGUGGGAAAGGGACAUAUAAAGUGGGCAGAGUCCCUUUGCGGGAGAGGGAGGGUGGAUUAUUUUUUCUCUACUCAAAAAUUGAAUUUGUGGUUAUUUUUAAGCAUAGUCAGUUUAUUGGAAAUGAUGCUGCAUAAGCAAACUGUCACAUCCAACUUUGGGUGUGAUAACAAGUAUUCACUAGCCCUUUUAUGUCCCACAAUAUUUCGUGUGGCAAGCUGAUUUCAAUGGGCAGAAUUUCAGGAGAUUUUUUUGACAAAAUAAAAAAUGCCUCAGCAGUUUGCAAUAUAGAAAAGGCCAUUCCACCAUGUCUUUUCCCCAAAUUCUGGGGCCUUAAUCUUAAUUUGUUCCCACCUUUCUUCUGUAACCCUAUAGCCCUGCUAUGUUAGAUAACAUAUGUUAAAUAGAUAUUCAAUUGUGAGAAAUUAAUAUCUUCACAAAAUAAGAUACAUCUUUGCUUAAUAAACA